AUGGGAAUUUUUCAUUACAAAGAGUUCAAUCCGAGACUCUCGGUGACAUCUUGGUUCAUCAGUUCAAAUGGAUUAGCUAUAUACCGUGGACUGAUGACCGUUUAUUUUUGGAUCGUAUUGAUUGGAAGGAUCUUGCAAUACUCGUAUGAUAACUCACUAAGAAUUUAUGGAUACUCGAAUGACGUAGAGUGCUACCUCUGUUAUUUUACAAACUUGAGUUUUGUCGGCCAGACCCUGUACUUUACGGCGGCUUUCAUUCACAACGUAAUCUAUUGCCGGACUCCAGAACCACAUGAACCAAUUUCCUUUAAGAAUCAACCAAACUUUCUCAAUUGGUUAUUCUGGUUAUUAUAUCACACCAUAGUGCAUUAUCACUUCAUUGUAGUGUUUGUCUACUGGGCGCUGCUCUCACGUUCCCUGAUUGAAUCACACCCACCAGCAUACAUCUGGUGGUUGGCAAUAUCCGUCCAUGGAGUAGAUUUCUUGGCCAUGAUGAUUGAAUUAUUUCUGAAUCGUCAAAUCAUGAAGAAAUCCUUUGUGUUCCUAACAUGUCUCGGAACAAUUUUCUUUAUGCUGGAGUCAUUUGUUGUAUUUGAAAGGUGUUUCGGGCCUUUGGGUUUACGAUUUUUUGGAUUGGAAAAACGGCUCACCGUCAAUGGUGGCGAUCCGAUAUAUUCUGUUCCUCAUUGGCUUUAUCGUAUUUUAUUUUGUCGUAUACGGUCUGCAUCUUCUUCGAGAUUUGAUCGGCAAAAAGCUCCAUAA